CUUGUGUAAAAUAUUGAUGAGAGACGUUUAUAGCGGAAGUUUCAAGGUAAGAAUAGUUUGUUGUUGCUACAGGAUAAAUUUUGUUCACAAACGCGAUCGUUCUUUCUUCUUAGACUACGCCAGAUCAAAAGAUUUGUGGUAACACUCAUGAUCAGUCCUUUAACAGUACUGAUAUCGAAAGUAAAUGAUACUUAGCAAAUAAAGAAGCCUUGACUAUGCUUUUUUCUGUUGUAAAGUACGAAGGAAGCGGCUAGAGCACGAAAGAAGUGUAAGCAGAAACACGAUCGUGUUUCUCUCCACUUCUAGAGUCGAAUUUGGCCGAAGCGGACAAGUCUUUAAAAGACGCAUCGCCAACAAAAUUUAUUCCGGGUAAAAGUAAGGCAAAAUCGUUUUAAUAAAUAAAACUGUUAUGUGUCAUGUUAUCUCCCUGUCGCCCUCCACUAAGAUGUGUAGGUAAGUAGAUGUGUAGUCAGAAACACGAUCGUGUUUCUCCCUACUUCUUUAGUCGAAUUUGGCUGAAGCGGACAAAUCUUCAAAUGCAAGCCAAUAAAAUUUGUCCUGGGUAAAAAAAUCUACCUAGUAAACAAAACCAUGAUAAAGUUCUCAAUCAUUUGUUGUAUAAGCUACAACAAGCGUGUAAUCGAACCGUUAUCAGUUUAUUAAAUCCUGGAAAUUGAAAGUGGAAUCCUUUGGCAACUAUGCUGGCUGGUCUUAUGAACAGAUCAGGUGCUGACAGAAUUUGUGGGCUUUGAAGUUUUUAAAUGUGAAUGCAACAGACAAAACAAAAAUUUGUCCUUUAAUUUUGUCGAGGCAAUUCUAGUUUUGUCUGCUAGUGUGAAAGGCCCUAAGACUGAGGCUGUCUGAAAUGUCAAACCAUCAAAAUUCACAAUAAUCUGCAAUUGUUUACAAACUGAAAUAACUCAGGUGGUGGAAUUUAAAUGUUUGAUUUUUAUUACUGUACAUAAGAUUGCAAUCUAACUGACAGAGAAAACCUUAAUAACAUAAACUAUGGCACUUGUUAUGUUUACAAACCCUUGUUUGGUUCUUACAUUCUAUAGUACUUGCCGCCUUGCUUACCGAAAUUUCUCUUUCAGUUAAUGAAAAAAAACUGGAGAGAAGUCCUGCAAAAGGUUAAACAUUCUGUAGUAAAUUUGGCAGAUAGUGUGACAGCUUUAGUUUAGCUCUAUGCUUUGUACUCCAAUAGUGCAUGCUCUUUCAACCAAUGACAGCACGCAUUAUAUAAUAUAUUAUUACAUUAUAUAAUACUAUAUAAUAUAAUUUAAUGUGUACAUAUUAAAAGUGCGCCAUUUUCAUUAUACAUAUUUGUUUUCAUACAAAUAAUCGAGUUCUGCUUGAUACAAUUGAUAGCUGGGAGAUGUUCAGACUCAGAGGUAAACUGUGACUUAUUUCAAUACUCUUUCACUCCCUCACUUGGUUUUUUAUUUGUUUCUAUGGAUUCUUGUUGGUCAACUCUAUUGCAAAUAACUUAAGCCGCAAGUUGGGAUUGUUAUAGCUAAGAUUUUAAAGUUUGGAUCACAUUUAUUUGUCAAUUGAUUAUUUGUUAGGUCUGGCGAUAACUUCAAAUUUAUGUUACAUGCAGGGUUCAUGAUCCAAAGAUACUAUGAGUCCAAUCUAUAUAUUACCUAUUUUCCUGCAUCAUAGGCACCUUCUUUAUUUUCGUUUGCUUGGCCUUUAGUCAUCAUUUUGAAAAAUCAUACUUAAUGACCAACCUCUGUUUGCAGAGACUCAAAUCAAAUUGCCCUUCUGAGAAACUUAAAAUGUCCUAAACCAGGACUGAGGUGGUUUAAUUUUUUUGAAGCUGAUCUGCAAAUUUUCUUACCACCAAGCUGUGACACUAAUGUAUCUGUUGCAUAUAUGUAUAUAUAUAUAUACGACAAAUAUUACAUUUAUGUGACAGAAAUGUGAAGAUUGUGACAUGAUUGCGCAUGUAUGUGAGUCAUAUAUGUGAUGUGACAUACAGUAUAUGUUGGAUAUGUAAUUAUGUAGAGGAUAUUUGUGAUGUUCAUGUAGUUUUGGUAAGGUUUCACAGCCAGCUGGUUGCACUUUCACAUUCUGUGCACAUAAUAUGUAUUUUCAGUUUUCUAUAUAUUGCAAGAUGCAUAUGCAUAUGACCUAAGGCCAAUAUCUUCAAAAUUUUCUUUCCAGAAGUAUAUUACUUAUUUACAGUGUAAUGAAUUGAUGCCUGCAGUUGUCUUAAACUGUGAUUAAAUGGGCAGUAUGAUAUUCUGGCGGCUAAUUAUUUUGUCAAGGCAAAAUAAUUGUAAAUUCAAUUACAUGUUAAUGCUUUGCUUAGGGUCAUUCCUUAGUGUUUACAUUUUCACUGUGUAUAAUUUCACAUGUAACUAUAGUGCAUUCUUCAUAAGUGUAAUAUAUUGCUAGUGAUAUAAACCCACGAGGUCAAACAACAUGGCCGCUUCAACACAACUUUAUUCCAGCAGUGUAUUCUGGGUACAUACACAGUAACCCUAGAGGGUACUUAAUAUAUUACACUGCUUUCCCCUUACAAAUAAGAUAUCCUUACAAGUAACACAAUAGUAGCUAUAACAUUCACUACAGGUUCAGUCGGUCAACAGGUUUCCUAAUUCUCUCUGAUCGCCUCAGAACAACCGGCGAUGGUGUGUUUACAUUCUCUUCACUAAUACUAGAAUUAGGCUCAUCAUCUUUAUCUGAAAAAUUGACUGGUGGCUGCGGCACCCCGGAUGAAACUUGGCUAUUAUCUACACUUAGAGUGGGUUGCUCACACAGUUCUGGGACAGGUAUGUCCAACUCUCUAGUUUCAUGUGGCACCUGAUCAUGUGCUUUAAUUAAAUGAUCAACAUGAACAUAUCUGGUCUUAUAGCCAGUCUUAACUAAAUAUGUUCUGGGUCCACAGACCUUAACUACCCUUCCCAGAAUCCACCUCUCAGUAUUGCUACGGGCUUGAGUAUUUCUCACUCGAACUGUCAUUCUCUGCAAACAGCCUAUCUUGAUGACCCUUUAAAUCCUUAUAUUCCUUCUGCUUAUUUUGUUUACUCUCUACGGUUUUGGCUAGAUCAGGUUUCACUAGAGUUAAACGAGUACGCAGUCUACGUCUCAUCAACAGUUCUGCUGGCGUAGCACCUGUGGUGCUGUGUGGGGUGGUACGGUAUCUCAAGAGGAAGGCUGCUAGUCUAUGUUUGAUAGACCUUCCCUUGUUUCCCUCUAGAACUUGUUUGACAAGCGCCUCCUUUACCACCCUGACUGAUCUCUCAGCAGCACCAUUUGAUUGUGGGUGAUAAGGAGGAGUUAGGGUAUGUUUAAUGCCAUUUUUAUACAUAAACUCAGCAAACUCACUUGAAACAAAUUGUGGCCCAUUAUCUGAUACCAACUCCUCGGGCAAACCAUGUUGGGCAAAUAUAAGACGCAACUCAUUUAUGGUUUUCUCUGUGGUGAUUGAGGUCAUGUGCUUAACCUCUAUCCAUUUUGAAAAACUAUCAACCACCACAAAAAAAAAAUCACUCCCUUUCUGACAAAAAUCAACAUGAAUACGCUGAAAGGGUCGCGUGGCCCAUUUCCAGGGUAUCAAUGGGGCACAAGGUGGAGAGGUCCGCACAUCCUGACACACUGAGCAUAGUUUAAUCUUUUGUUCAAUUUCCUCAUCCAUCUUGGGCCACCAAACACAGGUGCGUGCUAUUGCUUUCAUUGCACAAAUGCCUGGGUGCUCCCAAUGCAACUCCUCCAACAUCUUUUCCCUAAAUACUGGGGAAUGAUCACCCUGGAACCCCAGAGAAUGCAAUUUUGUUCGCAAGAAAGUUCAUGUCGACGGGUGUAAUAGGGUUUUAAAUCUUCAUCACAAACCUCUGGCCACCCCACCAUGACCCAAUCAAGUACCUUGCUUAACCCUGGAUCCAUCAAUGUAGCUUUCCCAAUCUCUUUUGCAGUUAUGGGGAAAUCUUUGUCAAUGGCACUUACAUUGUAAAUCUCACUCUCACUGCCAAUCUUAGACUCUUCAUGGGGUAAUCUAGAAAGGGCGUCACAGUUGCUGUGCUUCUCGGAGCUCCUGUACUCAAUGUUAUAGUCAUAUGCUGAAAGGACAAGUGCCCAGCGCUGCAUACGGGCAGCUGCAAGUGUGGGUAUAGCAGCUUUUGGGCCCAAAAUAGCCAACAAUGGCUGGUGGUCAGUUACUAAAGUGAACUUUCGUCCAUAUAGAAACUGAUUAAAUUUUUUUACCCCGAAAAUAAUAGACAAGGCCUCCCGUUCAAUUUGAACAUAAUUUUUCUCACUUGAGCUGAGGGUACGUGACGCAUAUGCUAUUGGCCUUUCUUGACCAUCCUCCAUUACAUGACUAAGCACUGCCCCCAAACCAUAACUCGAUACGUCACAAGCUAACUUAAGCUCACGAUUUAGAUCAUAGUGGACCAACAGCGACUCACUGGUGAGGCCCUCCUUGCAUGCCUCGAAAGCUUUCUGGCAGUCAUCUGUCCAUUCCCAUUGAAUAGUUUUCUGCAAAAGCCUAUGCAGAGGUGCUAAGGUUGUAGCCAGCCCUGGCAAAAAGGAAUGAUAAUACUGAACCAUGCCCAGGAAGGACCUUAAUUCACUCACAUUCUUUGGGGCUGGGGCUCUUUUCACUGCACUGAUCUUCUCCUCCACCGGUUGCAGGCCUUCGGCACUUAUUCUCAGACCUAGAUAAACCACUUCAGGUUUCAAAAACUCGCAUUUUGCCAGUUUUAAAUGCAAAUUGUAUUGGUGUAGCCUGUCCAACACAUCAGCAAGUAUCUUGAGAUUCUCUUGCCAGUCAUUGCCCCCUAUUAAGAUGUCAUCUUGUUUACAAACACAUUUUUCAAUUCCCUGAAGAAUUUGAUCCAUUUUUGCUUGAAAGAUUUUUGGGGAUGACUUGACCCCAUAGGGCAAUUUCUGGUAGGAAUAAAGGCCUUUAUGAGUGGUAAUUGUCAAGUACUCUUGACUUUCUUUGUCAACAUUCAACUGGGCAUAGGCAUGUGAUAGAUCAAGCUUACUAAAUACCUUAGAGCCAACCAGAGCAGCAUACAAAUCCUGAGUAGUAGGUAAAACAUAUUGCUCAUCUUCAACUGACUGAUUGAUACUGGAUUUGUAGUCUCCACACAUUCUGACAGUGUUAUCAGCCUUUGGCACUACCACAAUUGGGCUAGCCCAAAGUGACCUGUCAACUUUCUUAAUAACACCAUGCUUUUCUAGUUUGUCUAACUCUUUUUCGACUUGCUCUUUUAAAGCGUAUGGAACCCUACGCGCUUUCACGAAUACAGGUUUUGCAUCGCCUCUCAUAGUAAUAUGGGCCUCAAGGCCCGUCAUACCUUUGUAACUCUCAGUAAACAAUUCGCUAUGUUUAGAUAGCAACUCAUUCAGUUGACUAUCAGCACUCCUAGGGUCUCCCUUGGGAAUACAAAAUAUCUCACCCCACUCAAACUUAAUGUGCCGCAGCCAGUUUUUUUACCAAGUAAAGUAGGUUUUGCAUCAUAAUUGGCUACAAGAAUGGGUAGAGAGUAUUGUUUACCCUUAUACACUAUGUCACACUGCAUUUCCCCUGACACAUCAAGUAAUUCACCCGUGUAUGUCUUAAGUGUUACUUUGGAAGGAGACAGAGGCUUGUCUGCAAACCUCUCUAGAUAUUCACUUCUACUCAUUAUUGAGAAAUCUGCAGCUGUGUCUAACUCCAUCAUACACAGUUUACCAUUGAUUUCCAUUUCUACAGUGUACCUAUUGCAAUUAGGCUUGUUUUGGUCAAGCGAAUUCAGAGAAUAAAUUCCUAAUUCCUCAUCCUCACACUCAUCAUUGCCUGAUUCUGAAGCCUGUACACUAUGAAUUUUACCCUUUUUUUUUCAUCCUUACUGCGACAAACAGAAGCUAAAUGCCCAAUCUUGGAGCACUUGUAGCAUUUUGCUGACUUAAAUUUACAAGACUGACCUGAAUGAUUACCCCCACACCUAGGACAUGACAAUUGUUCAGUGUUCUUCUUUUCAGUGUUUUUACUUCCUUGUUCUGUCAACUUGUUGACUUGAACAGUUUCACUGCGUGAAGGGUGAAAUUCUUGGGUGUUCCUGUCUGCCAUCUCCAUGGUCUUGGCAAUACUGCAAGCCUUUUCGAAUGUGAGGUCAUCUGUGUUCAGUAGUUUGUUUUGUAUCUUCGGAUUGUUCAGUCCGCAUACGAAUCGGUCACGUAACGCCCGAUUGAGGAAUUCACCAUAAUUACAGUGGACCGCCAAUCUCUUCAAAGCCAGCACAUAAUCGCUAACUGAUUCUUCGGAUUUUUGAUUUCGCGAGCCAAAGUGAAAACUUUGUGCGAUUUCCAGGGGCUUCGGGUUGUAGUGUUUCUCCAAGACUUCCACAAUGUUAGUGAAUGACACGUCCUUCGGUUUAGUGGGCGCCAAUAAGUUGCUGAUGGUUGUGUAUACCUCCGGCCCCACUUCUGUCAGGAAAAUGGCACGUUUCCUGUUCGCUACCACAAGGUUGGUGGCAGCGCUUCCCUCUCCUGUUGUCGUUACAAUGUUGUUGGCUGUAAAGAACAUUUCCAUCCUCUCAACGUAGGCACUAAACGUUUCACGUGCGACGUUGAACUCGCCAACACAUCCAAAUAAUCCACUCGCAAUAGUGCUGGCCAUCUUCUAUGCCACAACACACACAGCGUUGUCCAAAGACCUUGCACUUUUGAAUGACGUGGAAAAAAGACCGAUCCUCGUCGCCAAAAUGUAAUAUAUUGCUAGUGAUAUAAACCCACGAGGUCAAACAACAUGGCCGCUUCAACACAACUUUAUUCCAGCAGUGUAUUCUGGGUACAUACACAGUAACCCUAGAGGGUACUUAAUAUAUUACAAUAAGAAUGGUGCCUUUUUUCCUCCAUCAGAGCCAAUCAGAGAAUAAAUUGUCAUUUUCUCACAAAAAUGAGCUGGGAGACCUUCAGUGUAACAUUAUUUCUCUUUCUUGAAAUUGAGAAAUUAUUUUCUUUCUGUCAAACAACUAUAAACCAAUUUUUAGUUAAGGAAAAGGAAAAAAAAAGCAGAAAUGCCAAUGUAGCAAAUACUCGCAAAUGCAACUGUCAUGAUAUGAAUUGGAAUGAUAUAAAUUUCUAGAAGGUACUGCUGCUCAUAAAAGAGCAUGGGACUUCCCUUUUUUAUUUCAUAUUUUACUUUCCCUUAAGAUCAACAGCCAAAAUAUUCAGUUUGACAACAAUCUCAGUGCUCUAUGUUCUAUGGAAUGGCUCAAAGUCAAUGUAUUUUAUUAAUUGCUCUGUAUUGUUUCUUUUACAGAAGCUGAUUGGUAUUGUUAUAAGUUAGAGUAGAAGAAAGCACUUUGAGGAACAUUGCUGGUCCACCAACAAUUAAUUAUGAUAAACUUUUGAGGUCAUUUCCCGGAGCAGUUGCAAUUCAAUCAGAAAGAUGGGUAAGAUAUCUUUUCCUUUUCUUUAUGUUUAAUUAAAUCUGCUCAAAGAGAUGGAGGUGGCAUUGUAGCCGGGGAGACAGAAUUGAUACUUUUAUAAUAAAAAUUUUGGUGGGUAAGUUUUCCUACUGGUGACAGAGAUGCACUGGCAGAUGAUUGCUAGCAUUCUGGAGUUAAGAUAAAGAGGUCUGGGCUCUAGCUUUGGCUAAAAAGUCAUUGUGUUGCAGUCUUGGUGUAGGCCUAAAAUCCUAAAAGGUGGCCUAAAAAUCUAUCUGUACAUUCUCAAAAGUGUCUUUAAACCUCAUUUCAUCCCUUAAAAUCACAAAAUAUUUUCUUAAAGUCCUGACUUAUCUCCAAUUUUUUUAGAAUUAAUCACAUAAUUUGGAUAAAAUGUGAGAUUCCAGUGGUGAAAUUGCAUGGUAACAACUUCAAACUGACUCAAAAUGAUCAUUUAUUCAUGAGACAAUCUAAGUGGUUUGUCUCCUUACAGUUGGAAUGUUUCUUUCAAACAAUCAAUAACAACAACCGCUGAUUGGUAAUAUUUGUAUGGAAGGAGCCUGUUUGCAAAAACUUCAAUGAACCAUGCAAUUUUUUAUGCUAUUGGCUGUAUUUGUUUUUUAACACCAUCUUGACUUUCUGCUGAUUAGCCAAGCUUUUAAACCAAGAUCUUGUAGAACUUUUCAUCUGACACAGGCAAAGGUAAAAUACCCCAGGGUUUCACUAGGGCAUGUUGAGGCUUGGAAUUGAUUGGUGCAUUAAAAUCCAAACAGAACUACACCUUUUGAAAUGGCUACAUUUGAUUCACAUUUCUUAAGAGUAUUAAGAGUAAUCCUAUAAUAAACUCCUGUUAGAAAUGGAUGCAAACCCUUAAGAAUUUGCAAUUUGUGUUGGAGCAAAUUUGUUGUUUUAUAGAUGAAUUUUUGUUGGUUAAAGUUUAAUGAAUUGUCUCUGUAGCACAUAUUCUUAAAGUGGAGUGGGCUCACCUAGUUAUCAAUGGUAUUUCAGGGUAUGCAGAUGGAACUGAAGCAAACCAAAGCUGAAAAACAUUUCCUAGAGCAUGGCAGCCUCUGUCGUUGACAACAUUCUAAAGAGCUACCAUGUUUUUAAAGAUAGGCCACAUUAUGAAGGUAAAACAGAUCAUCAUUAAUUAUUUUUUAAUACACCUGGAUAUUAUUCUCCCCAAAUAUUCUUCCCACCCCCACCCUCCUUUCUUCACUAACGUGAACAUGUAAAUGGACAUUUCACAUAACUGAGUUAUUACAAAAAAUUUAAGUUUUGGAAAACUUAUAUGUAUAAUAGCUUAUGAUGAAAUUGGCCUGAAAUUGGAAAAAAAUAAAAUGAAAUUGUUGAUGUUGUUGUUAAUGUUGUAUUAUUCAAAAUUAUUUAAUGAACCUGGACAAUACUUUAUGUUUCGUUGGGGCAAAUUCGAGUUGGGAAGAAAUUUAGUCUCAGUCAGUAACGAAAUCAAAACGAAGGAAGAUCAUUUCUGCGUUUGUAAAUUUUCACGUAGUUUUCUGGUAGCGCAAAAUUCAUUAAAGCAACUUAUCUUUGAAACGUUUCUCAGUUCUGUCGUAGCCUAGUCCACUCACCGCUUAGUUGGAUUUUUGGAUUUCGGAGGAGUCUAUUCUGGAGCGGGAUUGUAGAAACACUCUUUCGGAAAUCAAAUAAAAAUGCAGCUAAGCCAAGAGAAAUUACUGAGAAAUAUCUUCUUGAAGUCCUUGUAACACUCGGCUUUUCACAGUUGCUACAUGAGAUGACUUUUAUGUGCUCACUGAACAUUAAUUCUGCAUGUGUUUAGAUUUUCGAGGGAGCAAAUUAAUGGGUUUUGUUUUUUAACUUUUUUGAGCUGCUACAGAUCCAAUCCCCGACUACAUACAGGCGAGGGGACCGGUGGCACUAGAAGCGUACAGGAGAGCACUGGAGACAGGCGAAACCUGCGAUAGACGUACCAAAAUUGUGUUGAUUGGUCAGGAUCGUGUAGGCAAAACAAGUCUGAGAAGGUACCUCAGAGGUGAAGCAUUUGAUAAAGAUGAAGCCAGCACUAAUGGGAUUGAAAUGAUUUCCCCUGUCAAGAACGCAGGAAAAGGGGCAUGGAGGAAUCCAGAACUGCUUGAAGACACAAGUGCACUUGACCACAAGUGCGCAGAAGUGGUCGCAAAGGAGUUACUCGGCAGCUUUAGAGAACGAUCAGAUAGGGCCCAACAGUUAACUGGAGAAGGUAAGAAGACGAGAGGCUCAGAAAUAGGUGACGUUCCGGAUGAAAAGAAAAUAAAACAUAUGCCUAGGUAGAAUACAAUUAAAAAACAAUAGGGAAAUGCGAAACAAAAAGGAAGACGGAAAAAAAGAUAUUGCUAGCGCCUGGAGUCGAUCCCUCGACCUUUCACGUGUAGGGAUGAGCACUUUCCAUGGCGCCAGUUUUGUAACGUCAACAUGUCAUUUUGAAUGCGUUAAGCUCGUAAGGUUUCUGCCCAUGCACUCGCGUGAAACCAUGCGAUAUUAGAAGGGUUUUUUUUGGCACUGGUCGCUGAAGGAGUGAGCGAUUUCAGGUGAGGCGAAGCUUUUGUAUAUUUUUAGUUCUUAUACACAAAGUAAAAAUUCAGUCAAUAAUGUUAGAAUUACUAUUGCUUUGAACAACCGGUCCUGGAUCAUACUAAGCUUAACUGGUAUUCUUCUGUAUGUUGUUGCACUUGAACAGCGUGUUUAAGAAACGUAAUAACUGAUUAAAAAUAUCAAUUUUAGUUUUCCAGGAAGUCAAAAGUGAGCGAAAACCAGAAGAAGUACCCACGAAAGUUCUUUCCCUCGUAGAGCGUGGCCUCAAGGGAAACGACACCUCGGACAAUAAGGAUAUAUGGCCUUUUGUUUGGGAUUUCGCCGGCCAGGCAGUAUACCAUGCCAUUCAUCCAAUUUUCCUAUCGCAAGAAGCCAUAUAUGUCCUAGUGUCAGAUCUUACUAUGGAGCUAAGUGCACCUGCCCAAUGUCGGAUAAGACCGCCUAAUCAUGAUGAAAUAGUGGUAAACUCGCCUUACGUCGCGGACACUAAUCUCGAUCACAUGAUGAGAUGGCUGGACUUGGUGCACUCUUUGGGACGGCCAGAGUUUCAGAGGAAGUCGGCGGAUACUAACGAAGUUUUUCCUCCUGUGGUGCUUGUGGGUACACAUGCUGAUGGUGUAAGGGAUCCUAGCAAGGUAAUGGAAUCUGUAAAUGAAACCAUUUGCAGCAUGGCUCAUCCAGCAACCUUAGGCCAUAUUUCAAAAGAAUUAUUCUUCAUAGAUAACACAAAUCCAAACAGAGAAGACGACCCACAGAUCGUUUCUUUGCGUGCGGAAUUAUUGAAUCUAGCCAGAAAAAUGCCACAUAUUAAAAAGGUAAUCCCUAUGCAGUGGCUCCGUGUGGAACAAAAAGUCGACGAAAUGGUGAAAGAAGGGAUGCAUUAUGUUGGUAAGAAGCGUUUUGCAGAGGACAUUUCUGGAGGCAUUUGCAAGUUUAAUGAUACAGAUGACGUCGAAGAAUUGCUACACUUUUUACAAGCUCGCGGAAGAGUUAUCUACCAAGAUCUCCCUGAAAAUCCAGAUGGUUUGGUCGUGCUGGAUCCGCAGUGGUUAAUUAAAAUACUAUGUGAGAUAAUUACGGUGAGUCCACCAUGGAGAAACAACCCUGUCGUUCAGAAAGAUUACCAAGUCCUUGGAAAAAAGGGACUGCUUUCGCGGCAGUUACUAAAUCGAGCGUUUGAACACCUUAAAUUGAAUAAUAUUAGGAGUUCACUGAUUCAUAUUAUGGAAAGCUUUGAUGUUAUAUGCAACUCUAAGAACUGCAAGGGGGAAGAUUACCCUUAUUUGGUUCCUUGUAUGCUGGAAUCACCAAAGAAGAAUACGAGAGGCACAAACAUGCGCAGUGGCCCUUUGCCCGUAUUUCUCACAUUUAACACCAACUACGUUCCAUGCGGGCUGUUUUGCAGACUGGUUGUACAUUUUUGGGAAUGGGCCUCACAAUUAUGUGGCUCCUGUAUAGCCCCCUCGUUGUUUUCAAACGCCGCCCGAUUCAAUGUCAGUGAAGAGUACCAGCUCACUUUAGAGUGUCACAAAACUGUGAUCAAGUUGAUAAUCUGGAAACCGCGAGACUCGGAUAAAAUGGAAGAGAAAAGAAUCUGCGGAGAUUUAUUGAGGUAAGCCACAAACAUGUGCGGCAUUAUUUCGUUUCAUUUAAACUGGAUAUUUACUGUUAAAGCAAUAUUAAAUGGAAUACCAAAAUCAAAGAAAUAUAUGAGAUACUGUCACGUUGCCGUAAAUGAAGGGAAACUUAAAAGGUCUUCUUUAAUUUUCUUGACUUUUUAAAUCGUUCUGAUCCUUAUAACAGAUUUUUUGGAUUUAGAACCCUUUUUGGGUUCCUAUUUUUUCGAUUAGGUGGGAGGCCUUCAGUUUAAUGUACGAUACAAUGAGUCAUGCUUGCGUUAUUCGCGUUGUUGAUGUCCUUGUUGCUAUGUUUGUUCAUUGCAGUCAUCUGGAGCAUUGCAGGACUAGGCUAAGCAUCACCUGUCCGUGGCUACGAUCAGUUACGAUGGAAUUGUUCGUGAAAUGCCAGUUGUGUGAACCUUGUCCGGAUAAGUGUCGUGACAGAACCAAUAUUUGCAUAUUGCACAAAGAGGAAGGCUGCUCUCAUUUUGACUGUGGCCACUACAUUCCAUUAAAAAGCUUUGGCCUGAGUUGUGAACACUCUGUUGAUGCUGUUCCCUACUAUCCUGCAGAAGAACUGGAUCCUUGGGUUCAGGUUAGAAAAAAAAACUUAAUUUAA